UCUUAUCUUCUAUCAAUAGAUCAUAAAUCCAAAUUGAUAGGGGAGUGUAUUUUUCUUAUAAAAUAUAGAUGAAAUAAAGCUACUCUAGAAUUAACACAUAAAUCCUUUGUAAUAAUCAAUUGAACCGAAGUUAGAGUCGUAGUAACAUCGCAAUGGAUCAUUACUCUUCUCCCGGAGGCACAUGGACGAUGAUCCCAACCCCAAAUUCCAAUUCCCAAAUCCAAUCCCAAUCUCAACCCAAUCAAGACCCUAACCUUUUUCUUCAACAACAGCAACAAUUUCUCCAUCAACAACAACAGCAGCAAUCUUUUCAACAAUCACAAACCCCUCAAUCUCAAUUCCAACUCCAGCAACAGCAACAACUUUAUCAACAACAACGACUUCUACAACAACAACCCCAACCCCAACCCCAACAACAACCCCAACAACAGCAACAGCCCCAACAACAGCAACAGCAGCAGAAUCUUCAUCAAUCACUCGCUUCUCACUUCCAUCUCUUACAUUUGUUGGAGAAUUUGGCUGAGGUUGUUGAACAUGGAAACCCGGAUCAGCAAUCAGAUGCAUCGAUUGCUGAAUUGAGUAACCAUUUUGAUAAGUGUCAGCAGCUGUUAAACUCAAUCUCUGCUUCUAUUAGCACCAAAGCCAUGACCGUUGAGGGACAGAAGAAGAAGCUAGAGGAAAGCGAGCAAUUGCUAAAUCAGCGAAGAGAUUUAAUCGCCAAUUACACAAAAUCUGUGGAAGAGCUUGUCAAGUCUGAGCCAUAAGAGAGUAUCAUUCUUUUCAGCAUGGUAAUAAACCUUAAAUGAGAUUUUAUUUGUUAAUAGAUUGCAGCUACAGAUGAUAUCAAUCGAUAAAAAACUUUGAUUUGUCCCUUUGAGUUAUAUAUUUAAAUUUUGGCUUACCAUUUUCAUCUUUCAGCCAUACUAGAGUAUGUAGAAGCAUGGCAUUGUGGAAAGUGUGAAAUUUGGUAAUCUGAAGAGAUGUAAUGUAACUGAUAUAUAUGAUGUAAAAAUGGUUACCAUAUGUGCUUUAUUUUGGCCAUUGAUCUAAUGUUGAAUUAAGACUUUCGAAUUGUGAUUUUGGAGUAAAAUUUUCAUUUA